AUGAGCCACAGGGCCAAAGUGCAGAUAGGCAGCGAUAAGGCGCAGCACACAGAAACGUACAGCUCGCCGCAUACAUACAGCGGGAGUUCAGCCGUCCCACCGCCGCCAACGGUGCUGCCAGACAAACCAGCGAUAUCAAACAUUCGCAUUCAAUCCGCGGUGGCCACUCUGCCGGAACGUUUUCGCCGUGUGAAGAAAGAACAUGCGGCGGGAUCAGCAACACCGCCAGACUCCACCCGCCGUGCGGUGACGAUGACAUUUGAUGUGGAUCACAUAAGCCCCCCGGUGGCGAAUAUGUUCCGUCGUCUUAUUCUCACAGAGGUGCCAGUGCUCGCCUUUGAUCGUGUGCUCAUUGAGGAGAAUGACAGCGUGGUGCCGGAUGAACUCCUCGCACACCGCAUUGGACUCGUUCCCGUUGCCGGGCCAGUGGCGAAGAUGAUGUAUGUAACGGAGAGUCAACACACCGGCUUUGACACACUGGACGCUAGUCGUGUUUUACUCUUCGAACUCAACGCGGAGGGUCGUCGGGAUGCGCAGACAACGUGUGUGUACAGUGGUGAUCUUCGCUGGAAGCCAUUGCCGGGCCAAGAGGCGUGGGCCGCCGCCAGCAACAAUGCCAAUAAGGCAAACAAUGACAAUGAAGAAGAACAAGAGGGAAAUAAUAAUAAUAAUAAUGAUAAUGAUGAUGAUGACCGUGUCUUUCUGGUGCACCCGGAUAUCCUGCUGACGAAGUUAGGCCCUGGACAGCGGCUGCGGCUGCGGGUAGUAGCGGUGAAGGGACUCGGCGGUGUACACGCGAAGUGGUCGCCCGCCUCUGCGUGUUUCUAUGAACUGAAGACCAGCAUUCAUUUACGUGAGCCUGUGCGUGGGGAGUGUGCAGAUCAGCUGCGACAUGUGUGUCCUAAAGGAGUAUUUGGUGUGAACGCCAAUGGAGAGGCGGAGGUAGUGGAUGUGGAGAACUGUACAUUGUGCCGUGAGUGUCUGCGACAGGAUGUGCACCCCGAUUUCGCCAAUAAGGUCGUUAUUGAAAAAGAUAAAACACGCAUACGAUUUACUAUUGAGAGUAUUGGACAAUUACAUCCCUCACAAAUAUUUCGCAACGCUCUUACACUCUUUGCGGAACGUGUGCGUGAUUUGGCCGUACGUAUUCGCAGUACAGAGGCGAACGUGACAGGUGCGGCUGCUGCAGUGCGACCGUCUGUUUAA